AUGGCGCCAAAAAAAGGCUCCGGAUCAACCAAGCCGAAAGUGGCUUCCUCUAAAAUUAAAAACAUAAAGGAGAGCUCUAAGCAGAAAAAGAAUGCGUCAGAAAAGAAGCAAUUGAGAAGAAAUAAUAAGCAGGAUGAUAAAGGAAAUGGGACCAAAGGGAAGAAGGGAGUACCAGUUCCUGAAACUCCUGAACGAGAAUUGACUGAGGAGGAUUUUGCAAUGUUGGAUGAAAAUUCAACGUCACUGCAGUUUCUCGCAAAAGUCAAACCAGAUGAAUUAACAAAGAAAGUAGAAAAAGGACCUCGUCCAGAAAUUUAUGACCAGAGGCCUUCCAAAGAAGAUGACAUUAGCAGCGAUGAGGGGUUCGAUUCCUAUGAUUCUGAUGAAGGCAUUGAUUAUUCAAAUGAUUCCGAUCAAGAACAGGAUUAUGAGCUUCGUCCAAGAUCCAUUAGUUCAUGGAAUACGGCUGACUCAAAUCGUUUGCCCAUUAAGACAAAAGAAGGACAUUUACACGCUGUGAAGGAAGAUGCCACUGAAGCCAAAGAACAGGAUGACCAAGAAGAAAUAGAAAGUGAAGAUUCUUCUGAGGAAAAGGAAGAAGAAAGAGCGAGCGAGGAUGACACUUCGAAUGUUCCUUCGGUUGAAGAACCUCAAAUUCCACCAAGACAGCAAAUACAAUUGGACAAAGAAGAAUUGGCUUCCUUUGCUCAGAAGCUUUUGGAAGAACCGGAAGAAUCUCUACACGUGUUCAAAAGUAUCUUCGGAAAAUUUCAGUCGCCAUUGAUUACCACGAAAAAGUUGAGUCUUUUGACUGCUCUUGCGGUUUUCCAGGAUUUGAUUCCUGGUUACCGUAUUCGUCCUUUGUCGGAUGAAGAAGAAAGCACAAAACUAUCCAAAGAAGUCGCACAACGCUGGUCGUAUGAACAAACAUUUCUGAAACAUUAUAUGCGGUUCAUUGAGAUUUUAGAGUUCAUCUUCAAAUCGUACCCUUCGCUAGAAAACGAUGUACAAAAGUCGCUUUAUGAAGUUGCAGUGCGUUGCGUGUCUCGAUUAAUUGAGCAUGUACCACACUUUAAUUACCAUGAUAAAUUGUUAACUUUGGCAGUACAGCAACUAAGUCACAAGUCCAAGAGAAACAAUUUUGAUAUGUUAAUGAAAAGUUUAGGUACUAUCUUGAAGGAGGAUAACCUUGGACGUGUGUCGUUGGAUUGUGUGAAAUUAUUGUCAAAGAUGUUUAAGCAUCGUAAUUAUGAUGUUCUUCCAGAUGUAUACGACUUGUUUUUAAAUAUCCAAAUCCUUUCCGAUAUGGAACUAAAGGAUAGCUCUAAUGAGCCAACUAAAUUGAAAAAGAGAAAACAGGAUCGUCCUCAUCUUACGAAAAAAGCGAGGAAAACGCUAAAGGAAACUAAGGAAAUUGAGAAAGAAAUGAAGGAAGCUGACGCCGUUAUAUCCGCUGAAGAUCGCGAAAGGUUUCAGGCUGAAGUCUUGAAAAUGGUUUUCCUUACGUAUUUCAAGACAUUGCAGGCAAGAAGCAAGUUACUAGGCAAUGCUUUGGAAGGGUUGGCUAGAUUAUCUCGGCUUAUUAAUGUUGAAUUUUUUGGUGAUCUAUUGCAGGUCUUGCGUGAACUUGUCUUGGAUGAUAAUAUGCUAUUGGCAGAAGGCAAGCCUGCAGUGCAGACAACAAGAGAAGCUCUUUUGACUGUUAGUACGGCUUUUGAAAUUACAUCUGCACCUGGAGUUAACAAGUUAAAUUUGGAUUUGGAUUUAAGCAUUUUUAUUCAGCGACUUUACAGACUAAUUCUUCCAUUUUCAUUGAAUCCGGAUGCCGAUUUGACUUACAAGGUAAAUCGGCUUCGGGAUCCAGAUGCACCUACAAAGAAAACCGUUGUUAACGCUUCUACCCAAAUGGAAAUGAUACUUAAAUGCUAUCAAUCCUUCUUUUUCAAGAGUAAGAGUGUAAGUCCGGCUCGCCUUGCAGCAUUUUCAAAGAGGUUAGCUAUUUCUAGUUUGCAGCUCCCAGAACACUCGACCAUGGCAGCAAUUGCACUAUUAACUCGACUGGUGUCGCGGUACACAAAGUUGCAUAGGAUGUUUACCUCAGAAGAGCAAAUUGGUGAUGGCAUUUAUCAACCGUUCGUUGAAGACCCGGAGCUAUGCAAAUCGUCGACUGCCAUGCUUUAUGAAACGUUUCUCUUGAAAAAUCAUUAUUCUCCUACUAUCUCUCGAUCUGCAAAUGGUCUUUUCAAAGUGUCCACUGAGUGA